AUGACCACCGAAAGCGACACCGUGGCCGGAGCCACCAUUGAGCUCCUCGAGGCGCGCCUCCGCCGCCUAACCUACCUCCUCACCGGCGCCACCGACUGGACCGGCGUCCCCACCACACCAGAGAAGCCCACGACCCUCGACGAAACCGUCACUCGCCGUCUCGCCAGUCUAGAAGCCGAGCUCGAAAAACUCAGUCGAGCCGUCCCCGCCGCCCGAGACAUUCUCCAGCUCCACCACCGCAAUCCAGACCUCUUCCAAACAACACCACCACACGAAAUCCCACAAGGCCUCACACCCCAAACUCUCGCCUCUAUAGUGCUAUCCUAUGCCACCGCAUUCCCUGAAACCGCCUCCCGCCUCACCUCUCUCAACGACCUCCCCGUACCAGACGCCGUGAGCUCCGCCUCGCUCAUCGAGCUCCAGCCUCAGCUUGAUCGUCUUGCGCAGGUGCAGACAGCACAGGCUGCUGAGAUAUCCGAGCUGAGGGUGCGUACGGCUAGUGUUUUACAGCGGUGGUAUGAGGUUGGAUUAGUGGGGAGUGGGGAGGUUUGGGCUGAGUGGGAAGGGAGACUCGAGGAUGUGGAGAGGGAAACGCGUAGGAAAGAGGUUAUUGUACAGCAGCGAGAGGAGGUUUGA